AUGAAGGCUUCUCCAGUCAUGCUGAUAAAAAGUAUAUUGCUGCACAUCCUUCUAGUAUUGCUGGCGCAGAGCAACUAUCAAGUUUACGGAUUUAAUGACACAGGUUGUUUUCCUGAAAUUCACAUUAAAAGACACUCCCAGUACAAAGCUGCUGUUGGGACCAGUUUGACUAUAGAGUGUCCAGUUCGUUACUGCAAGAGAAAGCCACGCAUGAGGUGGUGCAAGUUGGAGAUGGAUACAUGUGUGCAGCUGAAGGAGGGCAAAGAAGAAUGGAAGUCUACUGUGUUUACUCUGGAGUUUUCCCCAGUUGUUCUAUAUAAUAGAGGACUGUAUCGCUGUCAGGCAAAUGUGGACAACUUUUCCAUUGAGAGCCAUGGAAUAUACAUUACUGUUGAAGAGGAGUCUUCAACCUUCAUCACAGUUUCACCAGAAAAUACUACUAGCAUCUCAGAAGAGUCUCAAGAGUCUGGAAACUCCAAGAUAUUGCACAUUAUUUAUGCUUCAGCAUCUGUGGGUCUAUGUUGCCCAUUCAUCAUUGGAUGUGUGUUUUGGUGUCUAAAGAGGUACCAUGCAAAGCAGAAGAGAACUCCAUUAACCAAACAGAGACAAGAGAGACUGGUCAUGAGUCCAGAAGCUGCUCCAUCCCAUGCUGCUGGGACAACUCAAGCUUCAGAAGAAAGCUCCUCACUUCAUUGCUCCAUGGCUAGCCCACUGCAGGCCUUGAAGGACAAUGCAAUUUAUGACAAUAGUGUCCCUCCCUGGAAUGCUCAGAGGACAGCACCUACUGCACCUCACAGUGAUCAUGUUAUUCCUUCCACCCCAGUUUUACUAGAAAGCACAGAUGUCCUCACAUAUGCUGCACUAAAUCAUUCUGCUUUUGCAGAAAGAUGCCAGAGAAGGGAACUAACUGUAGAAAAUGAAUUUACAGAAUAUGCCUCCAUUAAUGUGAAGCGAUAA